AUCUCCAUUCUCCGGUGUAUUGAGUCCCAUCUGACUUGAAUCAUCAUGAGGACUGAAGUUCUUGCUGUGUUGCUGUUCAUUGCUGUGGCCGGUGCAAAUGUAUUAGCCGAGGUUUCUGAUAAGGCAGAAGAUGGGAAGCGAGGGAUGUGCCUUGGAGAGUUUUUGGAGAAACACCCAGAACUCAAAGAAAAGGUUGAGGAACAUUUCCAGAAAAAGAGCAAGAAAUGGAAAGAUGAGAAGGGCGGAGAAGGGCAUUCUAAGCACCACUCUCAUCACUCCAAAUCGACAAACUGUACAGCGGAUGAGGACUGCACUAAUAACACUAUAUGCUGCAAAACCCACUGUGGUGCAAUGAAGUGCAAGAAACCAAUAUUCUCUGAAGAGGACCUUACCUGGUUACAUGAAGACAAAGGACAUGGGAAACAACAAGAGCAUGGAAAGGAACAUGGAAAAGGAGAUGAACAUGGAAAAGGACAUGGGAAAGGAGAAGAACAUGGAAAGGGACAUGGGAAAGGAGAUGAACAUGGAAAGGGACAUGGGAAAGGAGAAGAACAUGGAAAGGGACAUGGGAAAGGAGAAGAACAUGGAAAGGGACAUGGGAAAGGAGAAGAACAUGGAAAGGGGCAUGGGAAAGGAGAAGAACAUGGAAAGGGACAUGGAAAAGGAGAUGAACAUGGAAAAGGACAUGGGAAAGGAGAAGAACAUGGAAAGGGACAUGGGAAAGGAGAUGAACAUGGAAAGGGACAUGGGAAAGGAGAAGAACAUGGAAAGGGACAUGGGAAAGGAGAAGAACAUGGAAAGGGGCAUGGGAAAGGAGAAGAACAUGGAAAGGGACAUGGGAAAGGAGAAGAACAUGGAAAGGGACAUGGCAAAGGGAAAGGCAAGGAAGUAAAAACAGAUACUGAACAGGUUAGGGAAAAAAGAUCAAAUGAACAGCACAAGGGAGAGCAGAAAGGAAAGCAUGAGGGACAGGGGAAAGGAGAAGAACAUGGAAAGGGACAUGGGAAAGGAGAAGAACAUGGAAAGGGACAUGGGAAAGGAGAAGAACAUGGAAAGGGACAUGGGAAAGGAGAAGAACAUGGAAAGGGACAUGGGAAAGGAGAAGAACAUGGAAAGGGGCAUGGGAAAGGAGAAGAACAUGGAAAGGGGCAUGGCAAAGGAGAAGAACAUGGAAAGGGGCAUGGCAAAGGGAAAGGCAAGGAAGUACAAACAGAUACUGAACAGGUUAGGGAAAAAAGAUCAAAUGAACAGCACAAGGGAGAGCAGAAAGGAAAGCAUGAGGGACAGGGGAAAGGAGAAGAACAUGGAAAGGGGCAUGGAAAAGGAGAAGAACAUGGAAAGGGACAUGGGAAAGGAGAAGAACAUGGAAAGGGACAUGGGAAAGGAGAAGAACAUGGAAAGGGGCAUGGGAAAGGGAAAGGCAAGGAAGUAAAAACAGAUACUGAACAGGUUAGGGAAAAAAGAUCAAAUGAACAGCACAAGGGAGAGCAGAAAGGAAAGCAUGAGGGACAGGGGAAAGGAGAAGAACAUGGAAAGGGACAUGGGAAAGGAGAAGAACAUGGAAAGGGACAUGGGAAAGGAGAAGAACAUGGAAAGGGACAUGGGAAAGGAGAAGAACAUGGAAAGGGACAUGGGAAAGGAGAAGAACAUGGAAAGGGACAUGGGAAAGGAGAAGAACAUGGAAAGGGGCAUGGGAAAGGAGAAGAACAUGGAAAGGGACAUGGCAAAGGGAAAGGCAAGGAAGUAAAAACAGAUACUGAACAGGUUAGGGAAAAAAGAUCAAAUGAACAGCACAAGGGAGAGCAGAAAGGAAAGCAUGAGGGACAGGGGAAAGGAGAAGAACAUGGAAAGGGACAUGGGAAAGGAGAAGAACAUGGAAAGGGACAUGGGAAAGGAGAAGAACAUGGAAAGGGACAUGGGAAAGGAGAAGAACAUGGAAAGGGACAUGGGAAAGGAGAAGAACAUGGAAAGGGACAUGGAAAAGGAGAAGAACAUGGAAAGGGACAUGGCAAAGGGAAAGGCAAGGAAGUACAAACAGAUACUGAACAGGUUAGGGAAAAAAGAUCAAAUGAACAGCACAAGGGAGAGCAGAAAGGAAAGCAUGAGGGACAGGGGAAAGGAGAAGAACAUGGAAAGGGACAUGGGAAAGGAGAAGAACAUGGAAAGGGACAUGGGAAAGGAGAAGAACAUGGAAAGGGACAUGGCAAAGGGAAAGGCAAGGAAGUAAAAACAGAUACUGAACAGGUUAGGGAAAAAAGAUCAAAUGAACAGCACAAGGGAGAGCAGAACGGAAAGCAUGAGGGAGAGCAGAACAGAAAGAAUAAAGGAGAUGAUAAUGGAAAGGACAAGGGAGAACAUCAAGGAAAGAAUAAGGGAGAGCAUAAAGGAAAGAAUAAGGGAGAGCAUAAGGGAAAUAAUUAGCCCUAAAGAAUAUCAUAAUUAGUGAUAUCUGAAGAAUUUCGUAAUAACCCCCUCAACCCCUUACUCUUCUAAUCAAAGUAUAAGCACAGAUAUACAGGUUUUCUGUUCAUGUAGAAUCAAAUUCAGAGCAAUAAAAAUGGCA